AUGUACUUUACCUUCUCAGUUAUAAAUUCAUUCCGUCACGGUCUAGCGGGUGGUGUAAUAUGCAUCGAGCCAUGCCCAUUAUCUGCGCAUUAUAGGAUGCCUCAUGAGCAGCCAAGUUUCAGUCCUGUGCCGAAAAUUCCGGUAGCGUGGUGGGUCAACCUAAAGGAAAGGUUCGCCCAGUCAUUGAACAUUCAUGACCAGAACGACAUGGCCCUUCCCAGACAAUUGUCCAGUAGUAACCUUUACCACAACAAAUCAUGGCCAAAGUCGCUGACUAUACUCACCGUCUAUAAUGAAUGGCAAUUCAACGUUCUACGACAGGCCUGUCCAUCCGAUCUCAUGGAAGUACGCUGGCGUUGGUGGCCAUCGAGGCCGAGAUUUCUUCGAGGCUACACCUGGGAUUGUUCAAAAACUUUCCUCAUGUACAACGACGAAUCGAUGUUAUCUUCUAUAAUACGAGUUCGACAAUAUCACAUUUAUCCACAUAGAAGCUAUCAAUGA